AUGGGAAAUAUUAACGAAUAUAAAUCAAAUUCAUCUUUAUUUUAUUGUGAAAAAUCUCAUAAAUAUAUAUCAAAACAUCGUCUCAUUGAUGGAAUUCGAGAUUGUUAUUACGAAGAAGAUGAAGGUUAUGCAGAUAGUUGUUCAUUAAAUGAUACUCAACGCUUUAAUUGUACAUCAGAAACAAAAUGUUUAUCACCUAUAAGUAUUGGCAUUGAUCCACCUCAAUGCGAAAAUGGAGAAGAUAAAGACAAAGACAAGCUAAAAAUAUCUGUAUAUGCACAACUAUGUAAUAGAAUAUAUCAUUACGCAGAAUUACCACCAGAAGAUGAUGGUGAAGACGAUGAAACUAAUUGUGAAUGGUGGCCUUGUCAUACACCGUAUACUCGAUGUGAUAAUGUUUUUCACUGUGCUAAUGGCAUCGAUGAAUUAAAUUGUCCUAAUGUUAAUUGUAAUAUUGAUGAAUUUAAAUGUCAAAUUAUUGAUUCAACUAAUGAUUAUUAUUGUAUUCCUCAACAAUAUAUUUACGAAAAACCAAUCGAUUGUAUUGGUCAUAAUAUUAGUAAUCAUCUAGAUCGAACUACAUUUUAUUCGAAUAACUUAACUUUUAAUAUUAAUAAAGAAUAUAUAUCAUGGAAAGAAAAGACUUGUUUAACUAAAAAUGAUAUUUGUGGUUCUUCAUCGAGUAAUAAUCAACAAUUAAUAUGUAAUAUUGUUGAAAAAGAAAACAUUCAUUUUAACGCUGACUCUUUAAUAAAUUUGUAUAAUAAUGGAACAUUAUGUCGCAUGGCAGAUCAUAGAAUCCAUGAAGGUUCUUAUUAUUUUUCGGCAUGGAAUUUAGGAUAUUUUCCACCAAUAAUAAAUUCAACAUCAUCAUCACCAUUACCGCAACAGUCUGUUAAUAUUAAGCCACAAAAACCUCUCGAAAUACAUACUAGUAUUGAAUUAAUUGAAUAUUGUAAUCGUGGAAUUGUUAUAUUUGAAGGAAAAUCAUUUGAAAAGAAAUGUUUAUGUCCACCUAGUUAUUACGGUCAUCGAUGUCAAUGGCAAAAUCAACGUGUUAGUUUAACUCUUCAAAUACGUCCAUUAGGUUCAUAUGAGAAGAAACUUUCUAUUUAUGAUAUAUUUAUUUAUUUAAUUGAUGAACAAAAUGGAAUAAUACAUAAUUAUGAAAAAAUAAAUUAUAUCCCAUCAAUAGAUUGUAACACAAAAUACAAUCGUUAUUUACUUUAUCCUGAUCAACCAAAAAAUCCUAAUCAUACAUAUUCCAUACGCAUUGAUAUUUAUGAAAAGUCAACAUUAUUAAAUUAUUAUGGAAGUUGGAAUUUAUUUAUUCCAUUUCCAUUUUUACCAGUUAAUCGUAUAUCAACACAACUUCGUAUUCCAU